AUGCGUUUCUUCGUUGUGAUCGCUGCUAUUGCUUCUAUCGCUUCUGCCGCCAACAUUACGGUCAAGGUUGGUGAGAAUGACGGUCUUACCUAUGACCCCACAAAUGUCACCGCCGCCGCUGGUGAUAUUAUUCAGUUUGAGUUCGUGGCCAAGAACCAUACCGUGACGCAGUCAACCUUUGCGGAUCCUUGUCAAAAAAUGACUACACCAACGGAGGGCGUUGACUCAGGUUUUGUCCCAGUCAAUGGAACAACAUUCCCUGUAUGGUCUUUCACUGUCAACAAUGCCUCGGCUCCUUUGUGGUUCUACUGUGCACAGACCGGUCAUUGCGCAAAGGGUAUGGUCUUUGCUAUCAACCCAACAGCCAACAAGAGCUUCGCCGCGUUCCAGGUAAUCAUCGCAGCUGCAUUGGCGACAGCCUCUAACUCAACUUCGUCCUCAUCGGCGUCAGGAUCCGGAACUUCUAUCACUACUUCUGCAGGUGCAUCAGCCGCUACAGCCCGCGCCAGCGCUAGUGCUAGUUCAAGCACUGCUGCUAAUGGUGCAACGACGAUGGGCCACAACUCAGUCAUUCUGGUGGCGGCUUUGGCUAUUGGUGGGGUGCUGCUGUAG